UCCUGAUGAUGACAUUUAUCUAGAUAGGUUAGAAAUUUAUUUGUAAUAGUAAUGUUUCUAACAUUUUAAAACUUAAAUAAUUAGUAACAUUAUCUAGUUGCUAUUUUAUUAGCAAGUGUGAAAUAGUCAUGAUGAGAAUGGACAGAGAUGAGUCCGACGAGCGUACCCUAUGGUGUGGAAAUAUCUCUGACCAAGUAUCUGAUGAAGUCUUAUAUGAACUAUUUCUCCAGGCUGGUCCUUUGGAAAGUGUUCGAAGACCAAGAGAUCCAAAUGGACGACCCAAAUCGUUUGCAUUUAUUGUCUUUAAGCACGAAUGCUCUGUGCCUUAUGCUUUGGAACUGUUAAGAGGAGAGAAACUGUUUAACAGACCCUUAAACCUGUCUGGUCGUAGCAGACUGCAUCACAUUCCAGUGCUUGACACUCACAUAACAGAGUUCACUGAGCAAGAAGUCCAUCCUCCAAGAAUAGAAGAAAGGAAUCACAGAGAUAAAAGACGUUCAGAUAAGGAGAAAGAUAGCAAGGAACCUUCGUCAUGGGCUGAAGUGAACGCAUUGCGAGGACAAAGUUCACUCAACGGUCAUUCAAAGAGGAAUGAUCUACAAGGACGCUCUAGCCAAAGUAGAGAUUCAAGAAACUACUCAGAAACGCAGAAUGUUCCAGGUUUUGCCAACUAUGAACAGCUGCUCCAAUUGGGAAAUCAGAUGUUACCAAUGGGACUAGGAAUGCCUCCUUUUGCGGGAGGUUCCAUGGGUCCAAUGGGCCCAAUGAAUCUUAUGGGUAUGAUGAAUCCUAUGGGUAUGAAUCCUAUGGGUAUGAAUCCUAUGGGUAUGAUGAGCCCUGGUAUGUACCCGAGUAUGCAGGAUAUGAGUGGAGGUAGACGCAACUCCCCAGAGAAGGACAGAAGAAAUGAUCAUUACGAAGAGAGAAGAAACAGAAGAGACCACCCCUACCAUGAUAAACGUCAUGAGAGUCAGCUUGAUAAUAGAUAUCAUGAUGAUCGCAGUCAUAGGCGUCAUGAUAGAGGUUACUCAUCUUCUAAAUCAUCACACGAACGUGAAAGGAGAGACAGAAGAAGCCGUUGAUUUCAAAUUUUAAUGACUAUUGGUAAAAAUAGUGUAAUGUUUUAACACGAAGGAUUUAAAACGCAUUAUUUCCUCUGUUUGUGAAUAUAUUGAAAAUUUAUGUAUUUAGAGAUAUUAAAUUUUUCAGGAAUGUAAAUAGUAAAACAUCGUAAGGUAAAUUUAUAAUUUAUCUAAUACACUCUAUCUUAGGUUUUUUUAAGCAAAUUUAUUCCUAAGAAGUAUUUUUUAAAUGUGUGUUAAUUUUUCCCAAAAUGCUUACUUACCUAGCCUUGGGGAGGUCUUUGGUUUGAUGAUUAAUUCAAAAACCAAUUUCUAGUUGAAAACAGGGACUGAUAAGAACUCCCAACUGUCACACUGUUUAUCUAAAUCAGUAGGCAUCCUCCCUUUUGGAAAUCAAAUUUAAGGCUGUUUAGUUUUAGGAAACCCAGCUAAAGUGAGGUUUUGUGUUUUACCAUUAGUCUUUUUAACGUCAUUGAAGUUAAAUAUUAUUGGACUUAUUUUAGCUGCAGGUCCUUUGCAUUUUUGCUCCUGUCCCUUCAUUUUGGUAGUUUUGUCAUUAUUUAAACAACCCCAAAAUUGUCAGACCCCACUCUCGUCAACAAACUAGUCUGCGUACUCUUGACAAAAAUAACAUCUUUUUCUUAAAAAUGUAAGUUCUUGUUGUGUUGUUGUUUGGUCGUAAAUUUGCAUGUCUGAUUUUUUUGUUUUUGUUCAAUUGUACUAAAAACUAUAAAUACUAAUAUAUAAAAAAAAUUUUAUUUUGAAUAUUAAGCGAGAUAUAG